CCUGAUCGCCUGAAGAGUCGCAGCUCAGGUCGACUGCGCGUUGUCGGUGGUCAGUUGAUUCAGUGCAAGGCUCCAGCGGGUGCCGCCUCCAACAAUCCGCAGGAUCUGCAGCGGUCACAGCCCGCCAGAUAUUACAUCUUUGAGACCCUGAUCAGUUCCACAGACCGCUCGCGAAUAUGGGAUCAGCUGCAGUUCUGGGAGGAUGCCUUUCUCGAUGCCGUUGGACGUGAACGGGACAUAAUUGGUGAGUGA